AUGUAUAAUGACAAGCCUCAAUAUAUUCAAACGCUUCAACAUCGAUUUGGAAUCGACAGGGUGGCGCCAUUGGAUCAGCCAACACUCAGAAAGCUCGAUGAAAUGGCAGGAAGCAAUGCUUAUCACUCACUGGAGUACUACUUCAACUCAUCAACAUUCACCAACAUUCCAAACACACAUCGAUUGCGAACUAUUCACUCGAUCAUGAGUGGUGCCCAUCAGUCUGGCCAUACAAGAGUGAUCAAACUGUGCGCUGAUAAUAUCAAGGCCAUCACAUCAAACGUUCAUGGGCAUCAAGAACAGGUACUUGACAUCAAGAUGCAGGUUGAACCAUGUUCGCGACAGUUGGAGAGAGUAGUACACUCUGUGUUUGGUGACAGGAAGCUUGGAAUGCUCAUCAUGGAACAAGUUGGAGUAGUUCACAAGUCACUUAGUGUUGAUGUGAUCAAAGGUGCACAGUUGAUUGAUCGACAUUGUUUGAAUGAUUACAUCAAGUAUGGAGCAACAGAAUGGUUCCUCAAGGCAUACUCCAGAUCAUCGUUGUCAAACAAAGACAAUAACGAUGUGAACCAAACAUUGUUGUACACAGCUUUGACCAAGUGUCGUACUGAAAUUGUGGAGGUGCUACUAGCCAACCCCAAAAUGACUCUGAAGCCAAUGGACAACUGUGUUGACAAAUCAUUCUUCGAUGAUAUGUCGUCAUCAUGUACACAUCCUGCAUGGGAGAAGAUGUUUGAUCAAUUCAUCGCCAUCUCAUUCGGUGACGCACCUUUUAAUUUCUUCGACGGCCAGUUGUCAUUGGUGCAACAUCCAUCGUACUUUCGCAAACUCAUUCAAUGCGGUGUCAAGUUCGAUCCCUUCACAUCAUUUUAUGACAUUGAAAACAUUAUUCAUCCAUCGGGAUGGCUCCACAGACCAUGGGCAAUCGAGAUGAUCCAACUGCUUGAACAAUACUCACUCCUCGGUCAUAGGAUAUACAAUCAUCUAUGUCUCACCGCCAUCGAACACAACAUCACACCUGUUGUCCAAUACUUGUUCGACCAAUCACCUGCCACAUGGUUUGAUAGUGGUUUUGAGGCAUACGAACUAUUCAAUCAAUGUUUGGAUCAUGGAUAUGUGGAGUUCUUGGACAGAUUACCAAUGGUUGACAUAGCUCUCUCCAAUAAAUAUUUAACCCCCACCUCUUCUGGGGAGACAUCGUGGAGAACCUCGAUCACCUUCAUCACUUUGACUGAGACUCCUGCUGCUAGCCUCAGGGCAUAUUGGAAGUUUGUUCCCUCAUAA